GGGGUGGGGCGACCUGCCGUCCGUGGGAGUGCCGCCUUCGCCUCCGCAGGGAGGAGUGAGCUGCCCGGCUGGCGAUGAGCGGCUCGGGGGACGAGGGCCCGGAGGCCGGGGCUGGCCGGGCGGGGGGCCGCACUGAGCCCGAAGCCCCGGGCAGCGCGCUGAGCGUGGACUUGUCGGGGAUGCUGGGGCAGCUCGCGCGCAGCUUUGCGCUGCUGCUGCCGGUGUACGCCCUCGGCUACCUGGGGCUGAGCUUCAGCUGGGUGCUGCUGGCCCUCGGGCUUCUCGCCUGGUGCCGCCGGAGCCGCGGCCUCAAGGCCAGCCGCCUGUGCCGGGCGCUGGAGCUGUUGGAGGACGAGGAGCGAGCCGUGCGCCUGGGGGUGCGCGCCUGCGAUCUGCCUGCCUGGGUUCAUUUUCCAGACACUGAAAGAGCAGAGUGGCUAAAUAAGACGGUAAAGCACAUGUGGCCCUUUAUUUGUCAAUUUAUAGAGAAGCUCUUUCGAGAAACCAUAGAACCAGCUGUGCGGGGAGCAAAUGCCCACCUUAGUACCUUCAGCUUCACAAAAGUGGACGUGGGUCAGCAGCCCCUUAGAGUCAAUGGUGUGAAGGUUUAUACUGAAAAUGUAGACAAAAGACAAAUUAUUCUGGACCUUCAGAUUAGUUUUGUAGGGAAUUGUGAGAUUGAUUUGGAGAUUAAACGAUACUUCUGUAGAGCUGGUGUGAAAAGUAUUCAGAUUCAUGGGACCAUGCGGGUGAUCCUGGAGCCCCUGAUUGGAGACAUGCCUCUAGUUGGAGCUUUGUCCAUCUUCUUCCUUAGGAAACCACUUUUAGAGAUUAACUGGACAGGAUUGACUAAUCUCCUGGACAUCCCUGGACUGAAUGGUUUAUCUGAUACUAUCAUUCUGGAUAUAAUAUCAAACUAUCUGGUGCUUCCCAAUCGAAUCACUGUUCCUCUUGUCAGUGAAGUUCAAAUAGCGCAGUUGCGGUUUCCCAUACCAAAGGGUGUCCUAAGAAUUCAUUUUAUUGAAGCUCAGGAUCUUCAGGGGAAAGACACCUACCUUAAAGGCCUCGUCAAAGGAAAAUCAGACCCCUACGGAAUUAUCCGAGUGGGCAACCAAAUCUUCCAGAGUAAGAUUAUCAAAGAGAACCUUAAUCCAAAAUGGAAUGAGGUAUAUGAGGCUUUAGUCUAUGAACACCCUGGACAAGAAUUGGAGAUUGAACUCUUUGAUGAAGAUCCAGAUAAGGAUGACUUCUUAGGAAGUCUUAUGAUUGAUCUUAUUGAAGUUGAGAAGGAGCGCCUUUUAGAUGAAUGGUUCACUCUGGACGAGGUUCCCAAAGGAAAGCUGCAUUUGAAGUUAGAGUGGCUCACACUGAAGUCAGAUGCGGCAAACCUGGAUAAGGUGCUGGCAGACAUCAGAGCUGAUAAGGAUCAAGCCAAUGAUGGUCUUUCAUCUGCACUGCUGAUCUUAUAUUUGGAUUCUGCAAGGAACCUUCCGAAUAACCCAUUACACUUUAACCCCGGUGUUUUGAAGAAGUCUGCAGUUCAGAGAGCUUUAAAGUCAGGGAAGAAAAUAAACAGCAACCCAAAUCCUCUUGUCCAGAUGUCGGUCGGUCACAAGGCUCAAGAGAGUAAGAUUCGAUACAAAACGAGUGAGCCAGUGUGGGAGGAAAACUUCACUUUCUUCAUUCACAACCCCAAGCGCCAGGACCUUGAAGUUGAGGUCAAAGAUGAGCAGCAUCAGUGUUCUCUGGGGAGCCUGAGGAUCCCUCUCAGUCAGCUGCUUAUGAGUGACAACAUGACCAUAAACCAGCGGUUCCAGCUCAGCAACUCGGGUCCAAACAGCACCUUAAAAAUGAAGAUUGCCCUCCGGGUCCUCCAUCUUGAGAAGCAAGAAAGACCUCCAGACUACCAGCAUUCGGCUCAAGUGAAACGGCCCUCUGUCUCCAAAGAAGGGAGAAAAAUGCCUGUGAAAUCUCAGAAGUCUGUGUCUCCAAGCACUGGUGAUAGCAACACUGCUCCAUCAACACCAGUCCUGGGAGUCGAUGAUAAGCCUGUCAGGGAGGAGAAGCCUCAGCCCCCUGAGGCCAGCCCUCUAGGGCAGCGUGACCUAGGCAGGAGCUCCUCCAGCCUCUUGGCCUCUCCAAGCCACAUCUCAGCCAAGGAGCCCACCCCAAGCAUUGCCUCAGACAUAUCAUUGCCCAUUGCCACCCAGGAACUGAGGCAAAGGCUACGUCAACUUGAAAACGGGACAACACUGGGACAGUCUCCCCUGGGGCAGAUCCAGCUGACCAUCCGGCACAGCUCCCAGAGGAAUAAGCUCAUUGUGGUUGUGCACUCCUGCAGAAACCUCAUUGCCUUCUCAGAAGAUGGUUCUGAUCCAUAUGUCCGUAUGUAUUUAUUGCCAGACAAGAGGAGAUCAGGAAGAAGAAAAACACAUGUGUCAAAGAAGACACUAAACCCUGUGUUCGAUCAGAGCUUCGAUUUCAGUGUUUCACUGCCUGAGGUGCAAAGGAGAACACUGGACGUAGCAGUGAAGAACAGUGGUGGCUUCCUGUCCAAAGAUAAAGGGCUUCUUGGCAAAGUGCUGGUUGCUAUGGCAUCUGAAGAACUCGCCAAGGGCUGGACCCAGUGGUAUGACCUCACAGAAGAUGGAACAAGGCCUCAGGUGAUAACGUAGCCAUGCUGGACAUAGGCCUAUUUCUCAACGUGACGCACCACCUCAACAUGGAACUCAACUUCUUGCAGAUGUACCAAUGCUAUUUUUAUAAGUAUUGAGUUAUACAUACCUUAAUAAUUUUAUAAAACUGUUGGCGUUGUAAGAAACAUUUGGCCAAUAUUAUUGAUAAUCUUCCCAUUGAGUUCCCUCCAGUGUUUCACCAGGCACUGCAGAGUGCAGUGGUGUACAGCAGUGUGUUCCUGUGCUGUGUGGGGCUCUGUCGGCCACAGCUGCUGGAAAGCAGCCACCUGUAUUCCUGAUUUCUGCCUUGUCUUGCAUCCCAGAGGUGCACUACACCAUGUAAAUAGACUCUGUUUUUUUAUACUAUCUACAUGCUGGUUUGGAAGAAGAAGAAAAUGUAUCAAGGAAAUACAUAUUUUCUUCUAAAACUUAUUAGAUUCUGGGACAGAUAAUCAUUUUCAUCUUUACAGCAAAAAGUUCUCAUAGCUCUGUUGUAUGAUACGACUUUUUUAAGGGAAAAAUGGAAAGAUUAUUAAAUAUUGGAUAUUUAUGUCUAGCAUUAAUAAUAAAAGAAAGUGUUCAAAUUAUUAACAUUAUUGUAAAUAGGGAGAUAUAGUGAGAAAACAGUAAAUGACUUAUUUAAAAAGUUUUAUAACUGAGUAAGACAAUACCAAGACUAUUGUCAAAGCUCAGGAAUCACAGUAUAUUCAUCUGAAAUUUAUUACAUAAGAAAGAAAUGUGCACUGUUUAUAAUUGUUUGUUAUAACUGAUUCAUAAAAUAGUGCAGAGAUACACACAUGCCAGGUGUAGUACCUCAUACCUGUAAUAACAGGAUAUGGGAGGCCAAGGCAGGAAUACCAAGAGUUAGAGGAGCAGCCUGGGCUACACAGCAAGACCCUAUCUUGAAAAUAAGAAAUUCAUACUUUAUAUUUUGCUCAAAGCAUAGGAACUAACUGCCAAUAUUAGGAGAUAAGGUGUUGUCCACAUUGGAUGCAAGCCUGGUUUGUUUAUCCACAUCUCUAACCCUAUAAAAACAGGCCCAUUGUUAGUUUAAAGUGGUGAAACAGAUUGGGUGAGUUCAAGGGAUGUUGUGCUAAAGACUGGCACUGCACCUGCUCUUGCUGGGAGAACCUGGCUCUAUAUCCAUCAUACAGGAUGAACACCUCUGAAUGGAGCUUUCUGUACUUCCCCUGAUAAAGUACAUGACAAAGGGAGAGAUCCUGCCCAGUGCCAGCAACAGAAGCUGUCAGUCUUGCCAUUUUCUGGAUGUCCUCGGUUUGUGCCACGUCAGAUCAUAAUAUAGAGAUAGUAUUAUACAAUUUUUAAUUUAGAAUCUUUUUUUCCUUUUUAGAUUAUGAAAAGCAUGUUUUACAUAUGUAAGAGUCUCCUAGCACCCCUUGUAAGGUGAGGCUAUAUCACAGUAUUAUAAGCUAUGCAUGUCUGUAAACAAAGUACACAUAAAUGUAGGAAGACUUUUCAGUAUGCAUUUUAAGCUGUGGGAUGAACAGGGCUUCUCAGCUAUGAGAUCCUUUGAAACUAUGUACACUUAGAACAGGAAAAUACAGCUUUGUAAUCAAAAUUCGAAUAAUUCCUUUCACAUUCUUCCUGGAACUAAACAACUUAUGGGAAGCUUAUGUGACCAAACAUACCAAAGUGCCUAUGAUGAAUGCCGAGUGUUCUUUUACACUCUCCUCCUAUCUAGCAGAUGAAAGUGUGCCUCCGUUUGUAAUGUACCAUGGGUGCAUUUGUAACAGAGUCUGUGGCUUUUCACAGCACAUCCCAGGUAGUCACAGGGCCAGAGUAACCUCACUCUCUUGUCUGUUGACACCUUCCUUUGAAUCUUGUUAAUAAAUCUUUUUCUAUUAGUGUGCAGGAUUGGUUUUUGUGGGAGAAGGUUGAUGUGUAUGUCACAUGAACAUAUGUGCACAUAAAACAUUAAGGGUGGCAUUUAGUCACAGGAGAAAGACAGGUGGUAACUUAUUAAACUUGUUGCUUGGCCAUGCUAUUAGAUUUUUUAAAGACUUUUUAAUUACGUUCACUGAAGGGCUACUGUCAUUAUCUAUAGAGAUUUUCUUGAUGAAAUUUUACCAUGUCAGUGGUUUUUCACCAACAACCUAAACAUCUUGGUUUUGUGCCCAUAUGCUUAAUCUGUUCAGUGUGAUUUUAUUUAAUAUAAUACUUAACAACUAGGCAAAUUGAAUAUUAUUAAGGAUACAGUACUCUAAUAAGUAAAUGUAACACCUCAAUAUGAUGCCCUCUGCUGCAGUCACAAAAGCUGGCACCAACGAGUUCAGGUACAGUCUCCCCUCCUGCAUCAUCUGAAUCCUCUAGUAGCUGUCUCCACACUCUUUGGGAAGGAGAGAGAGAUUCUGGUAAUACCAGCCCACUUCCUGACUGCUGUCCUGUGUCCUGCCUGUGGGGAACUGAGUUCUCCUCAAGGCACGUUCCAGUGUCCUGAAGAUGGAAGACACUUGGGGUUCUCAGAAUAUGAACUUUUAGUUUUUAAUGACUUAUCUAGGAAAAAAGAACUUUAAGUUUUCUACUCUGAGCCAAACCAACGAGAGGAAAUUAGUGAUUUGAAGCGCAGCUCCACUAACUUAUUCACGUGGUGGCUUAUCCUGUGCCUUAAGUACCGAGGGAUUGUCAAGUUUAGAUGAAAACAGAAGCAGCCCUGAAACUCUGUUUGCCACCAUUUGUAUCCCGUGCUCUAGAUUUUCUCCACAGGUAGUCCCUAUGCACAGGUCAGGCCUUAAGAGAUUUUAGACUAUUUCAAAAUCCUCAGGCAGAUGCAGAGAGCAUGGGUGCUGGCUAUGUAUUCUCUGGUUGCUGCAAUGACUGGUCCCACCUGGAUUAUCCACUGUAGAGGAGAAACAUAGAGGGUUGGUUUUUGAUUUUGGUUUUUUAAUCAUAGAAUAUGCUUUUGCUUAAUUAAUUUUACAUAACAGCACAAGUAUUUAUUCAAUAAAACUUUUGUUAGCUCACUUGUAA